GGACAUUCUCAUGGUUCAUAAUCUCAGGUUUUUCGCAGUGCUCACCUCUAGUUUGUGAAAUCACCUUCUACCUUCCCAGUAACAUCAAUGGCAGAUACUUCAGUAUUAGUAGAUCCUUUGCAGUUAUGCGCUCCCGACUCCACAUACUUAACUUUACUGGUCAACGACCGCCCUGGCUCUCCUCCUGACGGUAACCUGACGAACUCCGCCAUGCACGCCAUCACAUUCGAUGAGGUGCACUGUCUGGCAUCUCUUCAUGAAUUCCAACCCUUCGAUCCUCUCCAUUUCCGGCUCCAACAUCCCGCUCACAAUAGUCGUGUCUACGACAACGUCGAUGUUCACCACUAUCUGACUUCUUACGGCCCCCCUCCGAGUGUUGUGCCUGUUUACACAAACUGGUUCAGGCCUGGGUUUAGCUUUACUACAAUCAAUACGGAAAAUGAUAUAUACGAAUAUCUCACCCAAUGCCAGUUCAUGAAGCUGGGAAACGUUGCGGAGAGCUUGUAUU